UUUCUUUUGCAAUGGAAAUACGCCAAGCAAAAUGACAUGGAACUGAUUUUGAUUCGUUAGUGGUUCUACGAGUCAUUCAAUGUCUGGUUGCCAUCACCACGUGACCCUUGAUUAUAAUACAUUACAGCGUUACAAGUGGUUGCCUUCAUGUAUCAACAAGACCGUCUCCUUAAAACAAGACGUGCUGUUUUUGUCCUAGACUGAGUCCUUGGAUUAUGAAGAAUGCUUGACCUUGAUAUUACUUAGUUCGUGCCAGAUCUUAAUCAGUUUUGGCAAUGGAUGAAUCAACCCUCACAGCAUUUGUAAGAUGCUGUAUGCAUUAUGUAUUGGAUGGAUGUCUAAACUUAAGCAAACAGCAAAUGAUUUGUCUGCUCAAAGAAUGUUUGAUCUUCGCCCACCACUUUGAAGAUGGUUUGACAGUGAUGAAUUUGAAUUUGGUUCUUGGUGAAUUGCAUGAGAAAAUGUGUCUUUUCAAGGAGGCUCUAGCUUACUAUGAGACAGUCCUAGAAAUUGCUGCAGCUGCAAAGGACAAAGAAGCAGAAAGAAUAGUACUAGAAAUGGCCGGGACCAUCUACUUUAUACAAUACAACUACAGCCAGGCUUUGCUAAAGUUUGAGAAAAGCUUAAACAUUGCUAUAGACGAGGGAGACAAGGACGCUGAGGAACAAGCCUAUAGGACAAUAGGAAACGUGUAUUUCACAAUGCGCAACUUACCCGAGGCCAUUAGAUAUUACGAGAAAAGAUUGGUCAUCGUUACAGAGUUAGGUGACAAAAAGGGAGAAGGCGAGACGUAUACCAAUAUUGGAAAAGCCUACUCGUUAUUGGAUAAAGACGAAAAAGCUGUAGAGUACUAUAAGAAGUCCCUAGACAUUGCCAUAGAGAGAGGAGACAAGAAGGUCGAGGGAACCAUCCAUGCGAGCAUAGGAGACGUGUAUACAAAAUUGUCCAACUACCAAGAUGCUUUAAACCAUUUGGAAACAAGUCUAAACAUCGCCCAAAGUAUCAGUGACGAGGAUUUAGAGGCAACCUCUUACAGAAGCUUAGGAAAUGCCUAUUUGCCGAUGAAAGAAUACGAAAAAGCUAUUACCUGUUUUGAAAAGAGCUUGAACAUUGCACUGGAAAUAGGAGAUAAGGAGAAAACAGGCGCCGUCUACAUGGACUUAGGAAGAACACACGUCUUAACGAAAAAAUUAGUAGAGGCUAUCGGGUAUUACGAGAAGGCUCUUAAACUGACCCAAGAAGUAGGCGAUAAGAUGAAUGAAGGAAAGAUCUAUUUGAAGAUAGGAAACAUCUACUCUUCACUGUGUCAAUAUGAAGAAGCUGUUGAAUAUCACAAGAAGAACCUAAUCGUUGCAAUGAAAAUAGGAAACGAGAAAGGAAUGAUGGUUUCCCAUUUUAACACAGGGCGUGCCUACUUGGAUUUACACAAAUACCACGAGGGAAUUCUUCAUCUUGAAGAGAGCCUGAAAAUCGCCUUAGACGUAAAAGAAAAGGAGAUACAGAGAGAAAUAUAUAUGAAUCUAGGCGAUGCCUACAAAUCUUUAGGCAAAUACCAGGAUAGCAUCGACUACGAAAAACAGGCCCUCGAAAUCAUCAAAGAAUUUGGCUGCAAAAAGGAUGAACAACGCACUCUUAAAAAAAUAGGGGACGCUUACAUGUCAUUGAGGGAUUACAGCCAGGCUAUUGAGAAUUAUGAAUUAAACUUAAAAAUUUCCUUGGAACUGGGAGACAAAAAGGAAGCCAGAAGCAUUCAUGUCAAUAUAGGAAACGCCUGCCUCAGUUUAGGGAAACAGACCAAAGCUAUUGAGCAUUAUGAAAAGAGCUUAGAAAUCACCAUGGCAAUAGGAGACAAAAGAGCAGAAGUGAAAACUUAUGAAAACUUGGGAAAAGCAAACCUCGAAUUAGGAAAAACCACGGAAGCCCUCGAGAAUUUCAAGAAAGGCCUAAACAUUGCUACAGAAUUGAGAGAAGAGACGGAAGAGGGAGCUUCCUAUGUUAACAUUGGGGACGUCUACUUUGCAACAGGAGAAUACCGAGAAGCCGUUGAGUAUUACAAGAAAGGUGAAAGCAUCGCUUUAACAACGGGCAACACGCAUCUCAAGGAAAUAAUAUGCAAUAACUUGGGAAGCGUGUACUUUUCGACGAGUGAUUACACGCAGGCCGAAGAAUACUAUAAAAAGAGCCUGGAGAACGCCCAAGAAAUAGGUAACAUGAAAGGAGAAGGAAGAACGGUCAUGAACUUGGGAAAUGUUUGCUUUUCACUGGGCAAAUACCAAGAGGCAAUUGAACAUCAUGAGAGAGCUGUCGGUAUUGCCAUGAAAAUAGGUGAUAAGAAUGGCGAGGCAACUGCCCUGGUGAACCUAGCAAAGGUCCUGUCUACAAGAGGGAAAUACCACGACGCCAUUAAGUACAGCUUAAAGAGCCUGGUUAUUUCUUUAAAUAUCAACAACAAGAAAGCGGAGGAAACUGCAUACAUGAACUUGGCGAGUGCCUACAUGUCAUUGGGAAGGUAUACUGAAGCCGAAAGAUAUGUAACAAUGGCCAUGAAGAUUGCGAGAGAAAUAAGAGACAAGAGAGGGGAGGGGACGUGCAAUAUUAUCCUUGGAAACGUUUACUUGACCUUAGGGAAAUUCCAAGACGCAAUCAUGAAAUAUAAAGAAGGUCUAGCCAUCACCACAGAAAUAGGAGAAAAGAAUGGAGAAGGAAUGGCAUACAUGAACUUAGGAAAUACCCAUCUGUAUUUAAAAGAACCCGACAAGGCCAUCGAUUAUUAUCAAAAAAGCCUAAAGAUUGCCCAAGAGAUUGGCAACAAGAACGGAGAAGGAACAUCCUUUAUGAAUUUAGGGAACCUUUUUUCCUUUUUACUGGAUGAUGACAAGGAGGCAGUGAAGUAUUUUGAAAAGAGCUUGGAGGUUGCCAAAACAAUAGACAACAAGAAGGGAGAGGGGACCACCUACUUAAACUUAGGCAACGCUUACUUCUCGCUGCAGAAAUACCAAGAGGCCUUCAAAUUUUAUGAGAUGAGCGUGAAUCUAGCUAUCAAAAUGAGCGACAAGCGAAACCAAGCAAUAGCCAACUACAGCCUGGGUGAGCUUUGCUAUGAACUGAGUGGCAAGUACGAACAAAGUAGUGAAGAUUUCAAGCAACAGUCAAUAAACUACUUGAAAAAGUCGGUACAAAGUUGGGAAUGGGUGAUUGAAAAUUUACAGAAACGAGAUGACUUCAUGAUAUCCAUCAUUGAUCAGUUCAGUGGUACCUACAAUAUGCUAACGGAAGCACUAAACGAGGCAGGAAAUACAGAAGAAGCUCUUCUGGUUUGUGAUCGUGGUCGGGCCAGAGCUCUGGGAGAUCAUUUAGCCUCAAAAUAUUGCAUCAACCUAACUGUAAGUACGCCACUUGAGAUGACCGACCUCGAAGCAGUUUCCUUGAAGUGUAAAGCCUGUAUCGUGUACUUUGCUUUCCUUAGAAAGGGUUUGGGUAUUUGGAUCAUAAGAAAGGAAAACCCACUCUUUUUCAUCGCACUCGAUGAUCAAUUUUUCAACUUUUCUACCCAAAUGUUGUGGUUUAAAACUCUUGGUCGAAAAGAGAAUCUGCCUUUUGAUAAAGUCCUGAACGACGUCUAUAGUAAGAUGCAAGUAAAAGAACCAGCGAAGUGUGAAAACAGAUCUUUGGAUCCGCCUGCAACGUUUAGGCAGAUUAGCAGUCAUGGACAAAAUACAACUGACGAGGGGUCAUCAACCGAGAGAAAUGUCACACCAAUUGACGAGGGGUCAUCAACUGAGAGAAAUAUCACAACGACUGACGAGGGGUCAUCAACUGAGAGAAAUGUCACACCAACUGACGAGGGGUCAUCAACUGAGAGAAAUGUCACACCAACUGACGAGGGGUCAUCAAUUGAGAGAAAUGUCACAACAACUGAAGAUGAACCAACAAGUGAACCGCAAGCAGAUCCACUUGAAACGUUAUUCAGUCAUUUGAUUGCACCCAUCCUGCAGCAACUCAAGGAAGAAGAAAUCAUUAUCAUUCCUGAUAGAUCUUUGUUUAAGGUACCAUUUGCAGCUUUACGAGAUCCAAUCACUGAAAAUUUUCUUUCAGAAACAAAGUGUAUUCGGAUUGCACCUUCAUUGACGACACUAAAGUAUUUACAAGAAUGUCCAGCGGACAGUCAUUGUGAGACAGGCGCACUUGUUAUCGGAGGCCCUCAUGUUGGGGAAGUAAUAUUUAAAGGGGAAAAGACCGUGAUGAAGACUCUUCCUUCUGCAGAACAUGAGGCUAAAGUCGUUGGAAAUAUGUUGAAUGUCACGCCCUUGACUGGAUCAGAGGCAACCAAAGAAAUGGUCAAGAAGAAUCUGCGAGAUGUUGGUGUCAUUCACAUUGCAGCACAUGGAGACUCAGAGAAUGGAUACAUUGCUCUUUCCCCUCCACCAAGAAUACAUGAAACAAGUAUCCCAGACGAACAAGACUACAUGUUAACAAUGCAGGAGGUACAAGAGAUUGGUGUGAAAGCAAAACUUGUUGUCCUAAGCUGCUGUCACAGUGGUAGUGGAGACAUCAAGGCAGAGGGAGUGGUUGGAAUGAGUCGAGCUUUUCUUGCUGCAGGAGCUCGUGCUGUUGUAGCGUCGUUGUGGGCCGUUGAUGACGAGACUACAUUUAAUUUUAUGGCAACCUUUUACACGUUUCUAAAGAUGGGAGAAAGUGCAAGUAAAAGCCUACAAAUUGCCAUGGAUGACAUAAGAGGAGAAUUCGAAGAUCCGAAAGACUGGGCUCCUUUCUUUCUUAUUGGUGAUGAUGUCACCAUCAGUGUAUGAGAAAUGAGAGAGAACCAAGAUUUAUACAGUAUACCAAAGUACUGGACUCCUUUCUUUCUUAUUGGUGAUUAUGUCACCAUCAGUGUAUGAGAAAUGAGACAGAACUAAAACACUCUAGCUAAAUUAGAUGUUUGCAAUCAACAGAAAAAAUAAGUAGUUUAGUUUGUGCUUCAUUUUAUUCACUCGAAUUAGUUAGUACUAUAAUCAAAAUACUUACAGAUUUGUAUUCAUAUUUGUAGUUUUUAAAUUUCCUUUGCUACAUUUAGUGUAUCCGGAAAUCUCGUUCAAGAUGACUUAUAAUGGCAAGUUAUCAUAGCUGAUUUCAUAUUGUCCCAACACUUGUAAACCAAAUACAACCCCAAAGAAAUAUAGAAAAUGACAAUAAAUAUAUUUGCAGUCUGUUUUAAA